AUGGAUGAAGAUUAUUCUGCUGGCUCCGCGGACGCCGACCGCGAGAUGACCAGACUCUGGCGUACCUGGAGAACAGUUUUCGAGAUGCUGAUGGACCGGGGCUACGAAGUGACCGAAGAAGAAGUUCAAAUUCCCCUCGACGAAUUCAAACGAAAAUAUGCAGACCCUCUUGGAUACCCUGAUCGCAACAAGAUGAAAGUCAGCGCUCGCCCCGCCGAAUCCAUGCAAGGCAAAUACACACCUUUGCCCAGCAAGUCGAACCCCGACCCUCAACCCGACUGCGGCACCAUCUACGUUGAAUUCUGCCCCGACUCCAGCGGUGUGGGAACCAAGCAAGUCCGCGCAUUCAACCAUUUUGUCGAUGAGAACAACUUCCACACCGGUGUUUUCAUCACCCAGACCCCGAUCUCCCCCUCUGCCGUUCGUCUGCUGAGCGGUAUCCCCGGCCGUAUCUGCGAACAUUUCCAGGAGCAGGACUUGCUGGUCAACAUCACCCGCCACGAACUGGUCCCCAAGCACGUUUUGCUGAGCCCCGAGGAGAAGGCUCGAUUGCUGGAGCGCUACCGUCUGAAGGAAUCGCAAUUGCCCCGUAUGCAGGUCUCUGACCCUGUGGCCAGAUACUUGGGUUUGCGUAGGGGACAGGUCGUGAAGAUUAUCCGGAAGAGUGAAACAGCAGGUCGCUAUGCAAGCUACCGGUGGGUGAUAUAA